CCUCGAAACUCUCAUCAGGCAAGCAGAGAACUACACCAGCAUUCUCUUCUGCAACACCUAUAGGAACAUGGCCCUAGAGGCUGCAGCUUCCGUUCAGGAGCUGUUCACUGACGUGGGGCUCUAUUUAUUUGGUGCGGAUGUUAAUCCCGAAGAGUUUGUAAACCGGUUCUUUGACAGUCUUUUUCCUCUCGUCUACAAUCACCUCAUUAACCCUGGCGUGUCGGACAGUUCCCUGGAAUAUUCGGAAUGCCUCCGGAUGGCCCGCCGGGAUGUUAGUCCCUUUGGUAAUAUUCCCCAAAGAGUAAUGGGGCAGAUGGGCAGAUCGCUGCUGCCCAGCCGCACGUUUCUGCAGGCGCUGAAUCUGGGCAUUGAAGUCAUCAAUACCACAGACCAUCUGCAUGUCUCCAAAGAGUGCAGCAGGGCCCUGCUGAGGAUGCAGUACUGUCCUCUCUGCCAGGGCCUGACUCUCAGCAAGCCUUGCAUGGGGUACUGCCUCAACGUCGUGAGAGGCUGCUUGGCACACACGGCAGAGCUGAAUCCGCACUGGCAUGCCUACAUCCGGUCACUGGAGGAGCUCUCAGAUGCCAUGCAUGGAACAUACGACAUUGAACAUGUGCUCCUGAACUUCCACGUGCUUGUUAAUGAUGCUGUGACACAAGCUCACCUCGAUGGACAGAAGUUAUCGGAACAGGUCAAUAAGAUUUGUGGCCGUCCAAAUAGAACACCUACACAAAGCCCCCGUUGUUCUUUUGAAGGAAGCAAAGAGAAACAUGGGAUGAAGAUCUCUCCCAGAAACGAUGAAGAGACGCUUGCCAACAGAAGAAAAGAAUUUAUCAACAGCCUUCGACUGUACAGGACGUUCUACGGAGGCCUGGCUGAUGAGCUUUGUGUUAAUGAAUUAGCCGCUGCUGAUGGGCUGCCCUGCUGGAAUGGGGAAGACAUAGUAAAAAGCUAUACUCAGCGUGUGGUUGGCAAUGGAAUCAAAGCCCAGUCUGGAAAUCCCGAAGUCAAAGUCAGAGGAACUGAUCCCGUGAUAAAUCAAAUUAUUGAUAAACUGAAGCAUGUUAUUCAGUUGUUACAGGGUAGGUCACCCAAACCCGACAAGUGGCAGCAUCAGACGGGCAGUGGCGGUGGCAUGGUUGAACAGGUCAGCGGGGACUGUGAUGAUGAAGAUGGUUGUGGGGGAUCAGGAAGUGGAGAAGUCAAGAGGACCCUAAAAAUCACAAACUGGAUGCCCGAGGACGUGAACCUCAGUGACGUAAAGCAGACCCAUCAGACAGGCCGAGGUAGUAGGUUAGAUACAACGGGAGCAGGAUGUUCCACAGCAACUGAAUCUACGGCAUUUAUGCUGCUGGGUGUGGUAAUGUUCCUUCCUUGGCUUUGGUAACUGAACUCUUCCACCCUGAUACACCUGUCUUCUUGGAGUCCUAAUUUCUCCCCUGUCUUCACCUGAUUGGGAUAAUAAGUCUUUGUGAAUGUAACAAUUCUAUUUAUGAAAAGGUAUGUCACACUCACUUCUUAUAAGCCAAGUGGGAAUGUUCACAAAGUAUCUAGAAAUGAUAGGCUGUUUGAAAACAUGUCUUCUAGGAUUCUAACUUAAGUCUCCUUCAAUUCUAAUGUAUUAAACCUGCCAAUGUGAAGAGCACAGAAGAGACUUUGAAUACAGAUUGAGUGUAUCUGUAAUUUUACUAUCUUUGAUUCUAAACUCUUUAUAAAAGCAAAAUGUCUUAAAUGGAAAGCAUAUUUGUAGAACAAUGAAAACAGCACAUAGUGUUUCUUAAAAUAUUGAAAUUAGAAUUCCAUUAAAUGAAUCAAAACAAAGGAUGGCAAGUAGUAUGCAUGAAUUUUCAAGAGUCUUCCAUUUUUGCAAGCUAUAGGAAGAAAUUACUUGAAGUCUGUAAGUUAUAGAGUAGAUUGUUGAGGAGCAUUUCAUGUAAUUUCAUUGAAGCUUGAUAAAUUUUAUCCACUGUAACUUAGCCACAGACAAAACUUAACCUAAGUAUUUUGGUGGCAUCUGACCUGUAUUCUAGUACAUUCAAAAUGCAUCUUUGGUAUUGAGGCUCUUUUCCCUCUUUGCCUAAUGGAUUUAGCCAUGUUGCAAACACACAUCUGCUUUGGGAAUAUCUCUAAGAAAGCUAUUAAUUAUUUAGUAAAUAACUUGCAAAAUGAUAUAUUCAUUCAUCCUCCAAAUAUUAUUUGCUAUUUUCUUAAAUCUUGAUAUUAAAUAAUUGACUAUCUAUACAUUUCUAAAGUUCCUAUGAAUAUCUAAAGACAUGUACUAAUACAGAAAAUGUAGCACACAAUGCUUUAGCUCUUUUUCUAUGCACAUAAGCAGAACCGCUAAUCCACAGUCCCUGAUUUCGCAGUUGUGAUAAGAUGCCUCAGCAGACCCCGAUUAGGAUAUGUCUAUCAUUGUACUUAAGGAGGAAGUGAUAAGUUAG